UACUGUAAGGCUCACAGGGCAGAAUCUUCACAGAAUGCAAGCUCCAGAAUUUCUGGACUUAUUUUUUCUCAAAUGGGAAAAACAGCUCAGUAUUAAUCUGAAACAAAACUAUCUUAAACUAGAAUGACAGAGGCUUAUUUCAUUCCCCCAAAUAUCAAAGAAAGCUCUUACAAACAUAACAUGAAUAGGGUCAUGAACUGGUUCAACAUACUUAACUGGUGGUUUUAUGAAUUAUAAUGAAUGCUGCUACUCUCUAAAAAUGAAUGUAUCAAAGAGGAAAUAACCUUCUUGGCAGGCUUGCAGCUAUACAACACAUUUGUUUCACUGCUUUCAAGUGCCAGUGCUGGAGGCUCUGAAUAAGUCCACGGGAGAACUUCAGUCACAGCAGCAAACAGGUCUACCGAGCAGAUAAGAUAACAUGCUUGGGAGAUUGACAAUACGAGGGAGAAACUCGGAACUCACUGGCAUUCAAAUUCAAACAGGAGUCUACCACUACAGCAAAAAAAAAAAAAAAAAAAAAAAGAGAGAGAGCAAGAGAAACUAAUCAACAGUCUUUCUUUCACAGCUAUCAGUUUCUUUCACUAAGCCUUACGAAAGUGGAGCCUCUGCUGAAGACUAAACACUUGGGCCUUACCUACAGAAAUGGACAGAUGAUGUAUGCUCUCAUUUUAGAGAACCUGAAAAUAUUUUUUAAAGGAAGGAGUCAACUUUGGCUUUUGAGUGUUUCUGUGGCCUGGGUACAAUGCCUUUAAAAAGCAGAUGACCAGCUUAGCUACUGACCAUGCUGACCAUUGUCCGGAAUUGGAUCAAAUCACACAAAAACAGCAAAUGGCCUUCUCUUAUAGAAUAUCAGAACAAAGCAGAAUUCCUGAGCACACUUUGCGGAGCUCAUUUGAUCACUUAAUCUUUGCUAACUGGUCUGGAUUACAGACAGAAUCAAUACCAGAAGAAAUGAAACAGAUUGGUGAGCAACAGGGAAAUAAACCGCGCUGGGCUGCUCUUCUGAUACUCAUGGUGAUAAUACCCACGAUUGGUGGGAACAUCCUGGUUAUUCUGGCGGUUUCACUGGAGAAAAAGCUGCAAUACGCUACCAAUUAUUUUCUAAUGUCCUUAGCAGUGGCUGAUUUGCUGGUUGGAUUGUUUGUGAUGCCGAUUGCCCUCUUGACAAUAAUGUUUGAGGCUGUGUGGCCCCUCCCACUUGUUCUCUGCCCUGCCUGGUUAUUUCUUGAUGUUCUUUUUUCUACUGCAUCCAUCAUGCAUCUCUGUGCCAUUUCAGUGGAUCGUUAUAUAGCCAUCAAAAAGCCAAUCCAGGCCAAUCAAUGUAACUCACGAGCUACAGCAUUCAUCAAGAUUACAGUGGUAUGGUUAAUUUCAAUAGGCAUUGCCAUUCCAGUCCCUAUUAAAGGCAUAGAAACUGAUGUGGAUAACCCAAGCAACAUCACCUGUGUGCUAACAAAGGACCGUUUUGGCAACUUCAUGCUCUUUGGCUCACUGGCUUCCUUCUUUACACCUCUGGCAAUCAUGAUUGUCACCUACUUUCUCACUAUCCACGCUUUACAGAAGAAAGCUUACUUGGUCAAAAACAAGCCACCUCAACGCCUAACAUGGCUGACAGUGUCUACAGUUUUCCAAAGGGAUGAAACACCUUGCUCAUCACCUGAAAAGGUGGCAAUGCUGGAUGGUACUCACAAGGACAAAACCCUGCCCAACUCAAAGAAUGAUCUACUCAUGCGAAGAAUGUCGACAGUUGGAAAAAAGUCAGUGCAGACCAUUUCCAAUGAACAGAGAGCCUCCAAGGUUCUAGGGAUUGUUUUUUUUCUCUUUUUGCUUAUGUGGUGCCCCUUUUUUAUUACAAAUAUAACUUUCGUUUUAUGUGAUUCCUGCAACCAGACUACUCUCCAAAUGCUCCUGGAGAUAUUUGUGUGGAUAGGCUAUGUUUCCUCAGGGGUGAAUCCUUUGGUCUACACCCUCUUCAACAAGACAUUUCGGAAUGCAUUUGGCCGAUACAUCACCUGCAAUUACCAUGCCACAAAAUCAGUAAAAACUGUCAGAAAAUGCUCCAGCAAUAUCUACUUUCGAAACCCGAUGGCAGAGAACUCUAAGUUUUUCAUGAAACAUGGAAUGCGAAAAGGGAUUAAUCCUGCCAUGUACCAAAGCCCAAUGAGGCUCUGCAGUUCAACUAUUCAGUCUUCAUCAAUCAUUCUACUAGAUACACUUCUCCUCACAGAAAAUGAAGGUGACAAAACUGAAGAGCAAGUCAGUUAUGUAUAGAAGGAACGUCAGUUUUCAUCUAAUAUAACGAGUAUGGUGAUGAAGCAGAUAUAAAUGUGCCAAGAAUCGUAUAAAGAGGAACUUUAUGCCAUGUAUCAAAUCAUCUCUUUAUCGAGAUUAUGUAAUUUUCUUUAUUUGGACAAAACUACCCCAUAAAAAAAAUCAUUUUGUACAGCUGCAAACGAAAAUGACCUAGCACUCUGGCUAAAUGUUACGGCAUUCAAAUGAAAUAAAAUUAAAUAAAUAAUUGUAAGCUUAAAAAUAAAUAAUGUCACUGUAAGAAUUCGUUUAGU